AUGGCCGAGAGCGCCCCAGCCCCCGCCGCAGAGAGCGCGCCCGCCGCGCCCGCCAAGGCCCCCGCCGCCAAGGCCGCCGCCAAGAAGCCGAAGAAGGCGGCGAGCGGCUCCAAGGCCCGCAAGCCCGCGGGGCCCAGCGUCACCGAGCUGAUCACCAAGGCCGUGUCCGCCUCCAAGGAGCGCAAGGGGCUCUCGCUCGCCGCGCUCAAGAAGGCGCUGGCCGCCGGCGGCUACGAUGUGGAGAAGAACAACAGCCGCAUCAAGCUGGGGCUCAAGAGCCUCGUCAGCAAGGGCACCCUGGUGCAGACCAAGGGCACCGGCGCCUCGGGCUCCUUCCGCCUCAAUAAGAAGCCGGGUGAAGUGAAGGAAAAAGCUCCGAAAAAGAAAGCUUCGGCAGCUAAGUCUAAGAAGCCGGCGGCGAAGAAGCCCGCCAGUGCCGCUAAGAAGCCCAAGAAAGUGGUGACAGCGAAGAGCCCCAAGAAAGCCAAGAAGCCGGCAGCAAAAAAAGCAGCGAAGAGCCCCAAGAAGGCGACAAAGGCUGCCAAGCCCAAAAAAGCGGCGGCAGCAGCCAAGAGCCCGGCGAAGGCAAAGGCGGUAAAGCCCAAAGCAGCCAAGCCAAAAGCUGCAAAGGCAAAAGUGGCCAAGGCAAAGAAGGCAGCGCCGAAGAAAAAGUAAGCCCUUCACUGGAGAAGUCUUGCUCCACAUUUAAACCCAACGGCUCUUUUAAGAGCCACCCACAUU